CCACGCGUCGACGUGGACAGGCUGCGCCCCCUCCGCCUGUCCUCUGCAUCUCUCUUUGUCAUAAUCAUACAAAUCAACCUUUAAUACCGUGGAUCGAGACGGAGCAUCUUUGUCGUCGCGCCCUGGACAAUGAGGGCAUCCUCACUGUUUGGGCCCGCGGCGGCUGGCUGGUCGACCAUCGCUAGAUUCUGGCCGCUCCUGAUCCCGCACUCGUCGAGCGUCCUCGCCCUGAGCUUCAACACCGUGCCGCUUCCACAGCUUGAUCUAUCGUCUUUGGGAAGAGUCGUCCUGACCGGAGACUUCGACGCCAUUUCGCUGUAUUCCUAUGAGCAGCAGUCUGAGACGCCUGCUCUCACCAAUGGCUCCCAGUCCCUGCUGACCCAGCUGCCAAACGGGGCGCUGGCCACUCUGUCGACCGCUGAUGCCGAUAUCCUUGCGAUGUGCCCGCUGUCUACGGAUGCGAACUCAAAAGUUGUCGUGGGAGGGAAUUUCACGAGUUUAGGUGACGUCGAGGCCCAGGGGAUUGCCUUGUUUGACCCAACUUCAAGCAAGGUGACCGCUCUGCCGGGACUCAAUGGCUCGGUGUCCGCCUUACUGUGCGAUCAAAGUUCCGGUACGGUCUAUGUCGGCGGUGACUUUGAGAGUCACAAUUCCUCGAACGCCAUCGCGUGGAGCGCGAAGAGCGGGUGGCAGAGUCUGUCGUUUGGCGGAUUCAAUGGCCCCGUGCGAUCGAUCCUGAAAACCGACAACGGCCACAUCGUCUUUGGAGGCUCUUUCCAAGGUCUCGGCAAUGACACCACCAUUCCCCAGAACAAAAGCGAACAGAUCAUUAAUCUGCAGGACGCACGAAUUACCAGCGACGCACAGUCACCAACCCAAGGGUUUAUUGACCCGCAAAAUGUCAUCUGCAAGACGAAUGAUCAAGAUAGCGCUGGAAAUACGUGGUUGCUGGACGAUUAUUCUCCUGGCUUUUGGCGAGCGGACAUGAACUUUACCUAUCAACCGACCAAGCUCCGCUUGUACAACACCCACCUGGACGGAAGGGGCACCAAAGCAUUCAGAUUCACAGCACUUCCGGACACGGGAAUCAUGAAUCUGACAUACACUGACCCCAGCUCUGGCAAGGAUGCAUUCUGCGAUGCCUCAUGCCCACUGUCUGACGAUAAGAGUGAGAAAUACCGCGAUUUCCGUUUUGUCAAUUCUGUCGGCAUGCAGGGCUUUAUGCUGGAGAUCUUAGAUUGGUACGGACAAGGCGCUGGCCUAGACGGUAUUGAGCUGUUCCAGGAUGAGAUCUAUGCCUACGCCGUCAAUGAUUUCAACGAACCGCCAUGCGCAAAUCUCAAGUUUGGUUCCACGGCUACCACGACGGGUGAAUGGACAGUCACACCAGCUGGCCAGACCGCAUCGGACUACUUGAGCGCCCGAGUGAGCGCCUCAAAUGCCGGUAGCACCUCUGUUACUCUUAAGCCGGACAUCAAGCAAUCGGGAAAUUACACCGUGAGGUUGUUCACUCCUGGAUGUAUUCAGGAUAACACAUGCAGUUCUCGCGGAAUAGUCAACGUCACGGCCACAUUCGCUACAGGCACUGAAGCUUCGGCCCCUAUUCAGACACUGAUCUAUCAGACAAAUAACUACGAGAAAUACGACACUAUUUACACCGGAUAUGUGGAUGCUAGCAGCAGUGAUUUCCGCACCAGCGUAACAUUGACUCCGGCCAGUGGUCAGGGUGACCUCGAUGUUGUGGCCUCCCGCGUUCAGUACCAGCUCAUCUCAGCGAAUGGUAGCUUGAGUGGUGGCUCGAGCGGUGGCUUUAAUGCUCUGUACGAUUACGACCCCACUGAGAAGACCGUCAGCAAGUCUACCAUUGAUGAGGCGGGUAACAAUCUGGACGAAGGCGCUCUGAUAACUAGCCUCGCAACUCAUGAUGGUGUCAUCUACGCCGCAGGCAACUUCUCGACGACUGCAUACAAGAACAUCAUGUCUGUCUCCGAUGGAAAUGGGACAUCAUUGCCGGACGGCGGCUUGAAUUCUGAAGUGAAUGCCCUUCUGUCUCUGGAUGAAUUCUUGUAUGUUGGUGGCAAUUUCACGGACACCGCAACCGGCUCAAAUGGAGACCUCAAGGGAAUUGCAGCAUACUCGUAUUCUUCCAAGUCGUGGUCUCCCCUGGGUGCUGGUGUCAAUGGCCACGUCACAUCUGUCGUUGCCCUUACAUUGAAUGUGUCCACGAGCACUGCUGAAACCACAGUUGCCGUCAGUGGUGACUUUGACCAGAUCCUCGGUUUCGGCGAUAACUCUUCGCUCCCAGCAUCAGGCUUCGCUGUGUGGGUUCCUUCGAAGAAGAACUGGUUGCAGAACUUGGACGUCUAUCAGAUGUCCUUUGACGGUCAACUAAGCGCUUCAGCCCUUGUGGGCAACACCAGCAUCCUUGCAGGAAACCUUGCCUCCGGCGGAAUCUCCGCGAGCGGUGCUGUGUCCCUGACGGACUCUAACAAUGUCGCCAUCGAACCUCUGCCCAUCAAAAUCGAGAAACAGACACCAUCUGGCUCAUCAUUGACGAAGAGAGAUGUUGGCGGUCAAAGCUUCAGUGGCGUAGUUACCGGUGUUUUCGACAAGAACAAUGGCCGCAAUCUCACCCUCCUCGGUGGAAGCUUCUCUGCUGAAGCUACCGAUGGCUCGACCAUUCAGAACGUUCUCAUCUUGGACGGCGGGCAUGAUAACAAGGUUACCGGUUUGCCAUCUGGAGUCGAUGGCAAUUCGACCAUUCUUACCAUGGAGGUUGAAGGCGACACCCUAUAUGCGGGUGGAACUAUCACCGGAACUGUAGGCAAGACGUCCUUGAAUGGCUUCGUAGUCUAUGGCCUUUCUAAUGGCAGCUUCGCCAGCCCUCAUCCUGCUCCACUGAGUGGUAAUAAUGUGUCGGUCAACUCUAUCGCUGCACGCCCGAGCUCCUCGCAAGUCUAUGUCGGCGGAGAAUUCGACUCAGCUGGCGGGCUGCCCUGCCCCAGCGUCUGCUUCUACGACACAUCUGCAAGUUCAUGGAGCAGGCCUGGUUUUGGAAUUGAUGGCGUGGUCUCUACCCUCAAAUGGGUCAACAACGACAAGCUGCUUGUCGCCGGCAAUCUUACCGUGUCGAACAACCAUAGUAUGGUCGCGAUCUACAACACCAAGGACCAGAGCUGGACCUCAAUGAACGGAACCUCCGCCAGCGAUAUCCCGGGCCCUGUCACUGUCCUUUCUCCGGCCAGCGAUGACGUUUCUCAAAUCUGGCUGGCUGGCAAGUCUUCCACCAACGGCUCCAGCUUUCUGAUCUACUAUGAUGGCAACAACUUCCAUUCCGUGGGCAAUGUAUUUGGCCAGCAGACAACGAUCCGUGAUGUCCAGGUGCUGGAGACCAACAAGAAUCACGAUGAUACCGCGUUCCUCAAUAAUGACCAAAUUCUUCUGAUCACCGGUCAGCUCGUGCUUCCGGACUUUGGAAACGCAUCGGCUGCUAUCUUCAACGGCACCUCGGUGACUCCGUUUAUUCUCUCAACGACUGGGACGGAUGAGCCAGGCAGCAUCUCGCAGCUCAUCAGCGAGAACAAAAACACGUUUAGCAAGAACAGUAAGUUCAUGUUCCCUCCUUCGCGUUUCGAUCAUUACUAACCUACCUGCACAGGCGGUCACUACUCGAACGGUAUCAUCGUCUUGGUCUCCU